UUUGUGCGAGCUACGCGACAUGAAGCUCACGUGUUUCAUUACGGUAUGCGCAUGUCUGUCAUCAACAGUGUUCGCUGACGAAAUCAAACAUUUAAAUAGGAUAAAAAAAAUCGCAAGGUCGCAAGAGGAAUUGGCUGUUAAAGAUGUCACGGCGAGAAAAGAGAUAAAUCCCAUCCCUGAGAUUUCCGACAUAUUCCCCAAGUCGCGACAGUUUCAGCCACAGACACGAAUCGAGAAGCCCAAGAGAAACCAUGAGUUUCGAUCUGAAUCUCAACAACAACAACAGCAUCGUUAUAAUCGCGGCUACUCGAGAAAUCCGACAAGACACAUCAAGACUCGCUCGAUCGUCGGAUCGUCGACACGCGAGCUGAACGACAACCGGCUGGAUUCAAUUCCCGACGUGAUUCACGACGAGGGACCGAUUCGCAUCGAACCUGUUUUUCGCGUCACCACGAAGAAGAAUGGAGUCUUCGACUCCAUCGUUGACAUCCUGCAUCAAUUGCUGGACCCUCCUAAGAACGAACUGGGCCCGCUUGUGCCUAUUCAGAUGCCCGGAUCCAAGCGCAAGAUCUAUUUGCGAUUGAUAGAGCCGCUUGAUUCGAGCCAGGUGAUGGUGCGCUUCGUCACGCAGUUAGCGGUUCCUGUGAUCGACGCGGAGAAGCAAAUGAACCCCUUCAUCCCGAUUCCCUCAAUCAUCGAUCCCACCGCCAUGCUUCUGAAUCAUGCUCAUCACGGAACAGUACAUCCCGUAGUAUCGGGCGAUGCGUUGUUCGCCUCUUCCUCCAAUCGCCAUCACGUGGUUUAUCCGCCUCGAAACGUCAGCUAUGCUAAAGGAUUGCAAUCGACCAAACUACUGAUUAAAAACCCACAGAAUUCUUCGAAGAAUCAGGAAAACAAAGGGAGUUCUUCGCCCGCGAUACCUCCGAACAAAGCAGAGAGCGAUAAAAAUCGCUUGACGGACAUGCGUAACCUUCAGAAUUACGAGCAACAAUUGUUGAGCGAAUCGGCGGCUUCGUAUUAUCAGUAUCAAGCAGCGGGUGAGGAAGUUAUGAAUAAGGUGAAGGAGCUGCUCGCGAAAGAAAACGCAACGCUGCCGAUUGAAAGCGAAGGUGAUUCGAAGAGUCCUUCGGUAGAGCCUUGGUAUCAAUUAAGUACGCACCGUUUGCCUUUCCGGCAAAUCGCUCCGCAUCCGCUCGCACCGAUGGAACCCAGUUCCAGUUCUUACGCGGAUACUUACAAAGUGCCGAGCGAUGUUCUCACCGGUCCUAGUAGUUCGUACUCGACCUCGUACGAGCAAUACAACGACGCUAUUAAUUCUGCUUCCGGAUUCUACCCAAGCUCCUACAACGCCCCGAAUUCCUACUCGACAUCUUACAAGCAGAAUGAGAUUCACGAUACCCAUCCGAGCACAUAUCGGCCCAUCACGACCUCGUAUCACAAGCAGAAUGAGUUCAACAACGCUCCGAGUUCCUAUUCGAACUCUUAUCAGAAUCAGAAUGAAUUCAACGGAGCUCCGAGUUUCUAUUCGGGCUCUUAUCAAAGUCAAAACGAAUUUUACAGCGCUCCGAGUUCCUACGCGGCUUCUUACGAAAAGCAAAAUAAUCUUUUCAACGGGCCAAGUGCCUAUUCGAAUUCUCAUGAGAAGCCUAACGUUCAAUUUUCACCGAACUCCUAUGAAAAGCAAGUGGCUGCGAGUUCUAAUAACGCGCUUCGAGUCAUAGAUCCACCGUCUUACUUGCCCGGUUAUCGAACGGAAAAUCAAACGAAUCGAACGUUCGAGUCUACGACAACCGCGAUUCGGCAUCCGCGUUAUAACUCGCACGGGAUAACGGAUUCAUCGAAUACGGCCGGCGAGCCAGCGUCCCAAGUAAUAUGGGGUAAGUCGAAGCGACAGAAGAGCGAAUCGAGUUUCGAGAAGAUCACCGGCGCCGGGAUCGAUGACAAUCGCGGGAGAUGGCAACCGGUUGUAUUCGUGCACGAGAACGCGGAUUGGCAUGACGCAUACGAAGCCGAGCUGGCAAAGAUCGCUGCAACGGAACGACAGCCACUCUUCGAAGAUCGAUCCACGAGGAAGCCCUCCCGAGAAGGCGCCGAUCAGUCACGUCGGAAUAAUAAACAUCGCGGCGGCGCGAUUGCUCGAAAUCCGAGAUGUUCGACCGCCUCGGGAGAACAAAACGAGUGCGAGCGAUCGAGAUCCACGACCGUAUCGACGCCUCGUUCCGAGAGUACCGUAAGGAUCGUUGAAAAGCAGACGCAAUCAGCUGUCAAUAGCGAAUCGAUAACGGUGGUGAAAUCGACAACGAGUAACACGAUUGAAACUUUGCAACCGAAUGUCACCGCGAAGAGUCCAACAGCCGCAAGUGUGACAAAGGGAUCAUCGCAGUUAAUGACAACGACCGAGAGUCCUAAAUCGAUGAGCGGCAACGGGACGACGAAAGGAUCGUCAUUGUCGAUCAACGUAAUCAAGAGCGAUAGCACGACGACGGAGAAACCGCCGGGGAAACUGCUGAUGAAAGCGAUCGAGAACGUUUUGAUAAGCAGUAUGGCAGAGAGAUUAGUCGCGACCGAAGCUAGCGUAAUUAAACCGACCGUGAAUGUGAUGCAGAAAUCGACCAAUCAAUUGACAAGUCAUUUGAAGAGCAAUACGAUUAAGAAAUCGAGCGAUACGAUUAAGAUAUCGAGCGGUACGACUGAAAAAUCGAUCGGUACGACUGAAAAGUCGAGCGAUAAAUCGACUGAAAAAUCAUUGACAAACGGCGCGAUCAAAAUUUCCAUAUCGAGUGAUAAAACAAGAAAACUAGAGCUAUCGAAAAGGCCUAUGGUAAUGAAGAAAGCAAUAUACAUAAUGAAGAGACCGGAAUUGAAUAGUACUACAAGGACAGUCACGACGCAGAAGCCGAUGAUUAGUAGUACGACCAAGGGAACGACAGUCGCGAGAAAAUCAAAAUUUUCAAGAACGAUUUCGAAAGCAAAGUCGAGCACUACUUGAUGCUUUAUUUAUAUUGAUAACGAGAUUCUCUUUCUUUUUUUUUAGGCACGAUUGACUCGCGUUCUUAUGCGAUUAUGCGCGUUCCUUCAUAAACGACGACUGUAACGCGUAAUUAUAUUCCAAAAAUGAUUUUUGACUCUUUAUGUUUUAUGCAAAAAUCAUAAAGAUUGUCUGCACGCGUAUCUACAUGUAUAAAUGUGUGUGUAUGUAUAUAUAUAUAUAUAUAUAUAUGUGUGUGUGUAUGUGUGUGUGUGUGUGUAUCUAUAUCCUGUAUAGCAAUUGAUCGAUUAAAAUAA